CAGCAGCAGCGCAGUUAAGUUUCCACAAUAACAAAAAUUUCUUCUAAUACCGUUGCCUAUUGCGUCUUCGGAAAAGCUAUUGUUGUUGGAUAACCAUCAUAAGAAGAAGGGUUUCGAUCGUCAUACGUAACAGCGCUAGACAACGUUUUUGAUAUUAAAUUAUUGUAAUUUCAUAUCGUAUAUCAAAAUUGUGUGGUUGUGGAUUAUAUUAUAAUAUAUACAACGCAGUUAAAGUACAAACAACCACCCUCCAAGCCACUUACAUUGCUUCCAUCAUCUAUCUAAUCGCGCCUGCAUCUUUGCGCUCUUAUUAUAAGUGCCCCUCAGUUAAAACACUGGUCUAGAAAUUCAGAUUUCAUCAAUAAUAAAAUGCUUUCACUUUUUCGCCACACACUAAAGUGGGGUGGCGGUGGUCGUCGUGCCGGUGGUGCUGGUGUUGGUUUAGAUGGUGUUGCAUUAGUGACAAAGAGGGCGGCCGUAAAUCAAAAUUUAUUUCCUCUUGGCAAACGUUGCAUUGCGGCAGUUCUUCCUGUCGCCGCCACCUCAGUACCAUCAUUAGCUCUAGCGGCGGCGGCUGUUGCAGUUUUCACAUUACAACAGCCCACAUAUCGAUAUUUCUCUUCAGAUUCGUCUAACAAUAAAAUGGAAAACAAAACAGAAAAAAUUCCAGUAGAUAAGGAGGAACUCAGGAAGCGCUUGACACCUAUGCAGUAUCAGGUUACACAAGAGGCUGCUACUGAAAGACCAUUUACGGGUUGCUACAACAAACAUUACGAAAAGGGAGUCUAUCAAUGCAUAGUUUGCCAUCAGGAUUUAUUUAGUUCGGAUACCAAAUAUGAUUCUGGUUGUGGUUGGCCUGCUUUCAACGAUGUCCUGGACAAGGGCAAAAUAACACUACAUCGUGAUGCCAGCAUACCAGUAGUCAUUUCAAAAAUGCUAGGCAUGGUGCGCACCGAGGUGCGUUGUUCGAAAUGCAGUGCUCAUAUGGGUCAUGUCUUUGAUGAUGGUCCCGCACCCAAAUAUCUGCGCUAUUGCAUCAAUUCAGCUUCUAUUGACUUUGUGCCCUAUAGGCCGCCGGCUGCAAACUCAUCAUCCUCCUCCUCCUCAGCGUCCUCCUCUGCCACAAAGUCACCAGCCUCUAAUUCGAACUCCAUCAACUCGAAUAAUUCAACCACAACCACCAACAACACCAACAAUAGCAACCAGGCUGGAUCUACUUUAAAAUCGAAUGCCUCCAAUCCAAAUCGACAACCAUCCAAAAAAUAAGUCAAUAUUGAGCAUCUUGUAUUUGAAGUUGAAGUUGAACUUGGUUUGUCUACAUUCUGAGAUAUAAUUAUGUACCUUUGUUUGUUUAAAAAGAAAUAUGUGUAGUUGGAAUUUGUUAAACAUAAAAAAAUUAUUAAGAUGAAAAACGCAUAGAGCUUUUUUCUGCCUUUGUUACAAUAAAACAAUAAACUUCUGUAUUUGCAUUUCA